AGGAUGUUGUUGAGUAACCAGACACUGGUGACUGAGUUCAUCCUUCAAGGCUUCUCAGAUAGCAUUCCUAUGAGGAUCUUGCUCUUUGGCACUUUUUUCUUCCUCUAUACAAUAGCACUUACUGGGAAUAUCCUUAUCAUUGUCCUGGUUAUAUGGAGCUCUAGUCUUCAUACUCCUAUGUACUUUUUUCUAGUUAAUUUGGCUAUGCUGGACAUGAUGUGCACAACCUCUGUUCUUCCAAAGGUAUUAGAGAACUUGGUUACUGAAAAGAAGACCAUCUCCUAUGGGGGAUGCAUGGCCCAAGUAUACUUCCUCAUCUGGUCUGUAUCUGGUGAGCUCCUGCUCUUCACAGCCAUGGCUUAUGAUCGGUAUGUGGCCAUCUGCCACCCCUUGUAUUACAGCACCAUGAUGAGCAAGAAGAUCUGCGUCCUUCUGGCAGUUGGGGUUUGGAGCAUCUGUGGAAUUAAUACCACCAUCAAUACUGGACUGAUGAUUCGAUUAUCAUUCUGUGGCCCUAAUGUCAUUAAUCAGUUCUUCUGUGAAAUCCCCCCUGUGUUGCUGCUCUCUUGCACUUCAACCUAUGUGAACAAUAUCAUGACAGUCCUUGCUGAUGUCUUCUUUUCAGUUCUGAAUUUUCUGCUCACCAUUGUGUCUUACUGUUUCAUCAUCUCCAGCAUCAUGAGAAUCCAGACCACAGAGGGGAAGAAGAGAGCAUUCUCUACCUGUUCCUCUCAUCUGAUUGUGGUCACCAUGUAUUAUUGUACUGUGUUUUAUGCCUAUGUCAGUCCCAUCUCUAGCUAUUCUCCGGAAAAUGGGAAAUUGGUUGCUGUGUUGUACACAGCAGUUAGCCCCACCUUAAACCCUCUCUUCUAUACCUUAAGAAAUAAGGAUGUCAGGGAAGCCCUCAGAAAAGGGCUACUAUUUUACAAGUGA